CUAUCUCUCUCUCCCCCUUGUCUGUCUCUCUCAUUUCUCUUGCUAGUUACAGAAAUUUUUUUUUUUUUCAUGGUUAGGGUUCGGAAAACCACCUUUCUUCUUGCAUGGUUAGAAUAUUCCCAAUCUACCGUCCUCAUGCCCCCAGUGGGUGGCAACCCUACGGGUUUCAGACCUCUGUCAGAGCUCAGACCGGUGACUCCGAUGUCUAUAAUGGAGCUCCACUUAUCUGCCGACCCACCCCCCAUACCGAUAGCCCAUUCGGUAUUUUUUACGGUGAAAACCCUCUCAAUGAUUUCUUCCCGUUGUUCUUGUUAGAGAUGAGUUUUGUCAUCGUCGUUACUCGCCUUCUUCGCCUUCUUCUCAGGCCUCUCAGGCAGCCUAGAAUCGUUUGCGAGAUUCUUGGUGGUAUAAUUAUCGGACCGAGCAUUCUUGGUCGCAGCAAGAAAUUCAGAGAGUUCGUUUUCCCAGAGAAUGCAGAUUUCCUUGUGAAAAAUAUUGGAAUAAUGGGUUUCAUGUAUUUUCUUUUCAUUUCCGGAGUGAAAAUGGAUAUUGCUUUGGUAACAAGGUCGGGUAAAAAACAGUUAUCUAUUGCAAUCAUGGGAGUGCUUCUUCCUUUUAUAACCGCGAACAUUGUGGCAUUGAUCAUGAGGAAAUCAAUGGACAAAGAACUCGCGAAAAUUUCCUCCCUAGGAGCAGUCACAUCGUCCAUUGCCAUAACAGCAUUUCCUGUUCUUUAUCCUAUACUAAAAGAGUUAAACCUUUUGAGCUCCGAAGUUGGAAGAAUGGCUUUGUCCACGGCUCUAAUAAGCGAUGCCAUAGGUAUAAAUGCGGUUGCUGCAUUUGAGGCAGCUAAACAAGGAGAGGCAAACAGCAUCAAUGCCUUGUGGUAUAUGAUUUCUGUGAUUCUUUUGGUGGGUUUCAUGGUCACAUACAUUAGGAAAUUCAUGGCCUGGAUUAUAGCAAAAACCCCAGAAGGCCAAUCUGUGGACCAAGCUUAUGUGGUUUUCAUAUUUAUGAGUGUACUGAUUAUAGGGUUCAUCACCGAUACAUUAGGCAUAGCCAUUCUUAAUGGACCUUUAUGGCUGGGAUUGGUGAUACCGGAUGGACCACCUCUCGGUGCCGCACUUGUGGAGAGGAGUGAGGCUUUUGUGAUGGAUAUUUUAAUGCCAGCUUCGUUUGCAUUCGUUGGAUUGUAUACAGAUUUUUCUUCUAUGAGCUCGGUUAAAUGGUCUACUUUGCAGCCAUUGUUUGCCAUGGUUGCGACAGGUUAUGUGGUCAAAUUUGUUGCAACAUUGUUAGGUUGUCUGUUCUUUCAAUUUCCUUUGAGAGAUGGUGUUACGCUUAGCCUCAUUAUGAGCUUGAGAGGCCAGGUGGAGCUCAUAUUGUUCAUCCACUGGAUGGACAAAAAGAUUAUAGAGCAACCAUCGUUCACAUUAAUGGUGCUAUUGACGGUGACGACGACUGCAAUAGUCACUCCCUUGAUCAGCAUCGUUUACGAUCCAACAAGACCAUACAUGGUCAACAAGAGGAGAACCAUCCAACACACAGCACAAAGCACCGAACUUCGUAUACUAGUAUGCAUUCAUGAUCAAGAAAGUGUAUCGGCCGCAAUCGAUCUUCUUGAAGCAACCAAUCCAAACUUAAGCAGUCCAUUCUCCAUCUACGCUCUCAGGCUAGUCGAGCUUGUAGGGCGAGCCGCCCCGCUGUUCAUAGACCACGAAAAGCAACCAGAGCCUUCAAGGUAUGCAGAUUCAGACACAAUCCACAAUGCCCUGAAGCGGUAUGAGGAAAUUCGACGUGGGUUUGUGAAGAUCCAUGCUUUCACGGCAGUAGCUCCAAAGCGAACAAUGUACCAAGAUAUCUGCGAAUUGGCUCUUCUCAACAAAGCCACAUUCAUCAUCUUGCCUUUCAACAAGGAACGCAUCGAAAAGAUUGGAGGAACAGAGCUAGUUCGUGUCGGAGUUCGAUCGGUGAACUCCAACGUGUUGGCCCAUGCACCAUGCUCUGUUGGGGUUCUGGUGGACAAAGGCCAUCUUAGAAAUCCUCUCAUGGCUUACUCUUACAGGCACUCGAUUGAGAGAUUUGCAGUUCUGUUUUUGGGAGGAGCAGAUUCCAGAGAAGCACUCGCUUAUGCAGAUAGAAUGGCUGGGAAUAUGGACGUUUCUGUGACCGUGAUUCGUUUUCUUUCGCACAAUGGUGAAGGAGAUAAGGAACUAGAGAAGAAACUGGACGAUGGAGUUGUGACUUCGUUUUGGGUGAAGAAUGAGGUGAAUGAGAGGGUUGUUUAUAGGGAGAUAACAGUGAGGAAUGGAGCAGAGACGGUGGCGGCAAUUCAGGCGAUAAAUGAUGAAUCCUAUGACCUUUGGAUUGUGGGGAGGAAAGAAGGGAUAAACCCAUUUCUUCUUGAGGGGUUGGAGGAUUGGAGUGAGAAUCAUGAACUGGGAGUGAUUGGUGACUAUGUAGCUUCGGAUGAUUUUGGAGGGAAUGCUUCUGUUUUAGUAGUACAGCAGCAAAUCUUAAGAGAACAAAAAGCAAACACCUUAUGUGCGUCCUUCUUCAAGUAGAUUAAAUUUUUUUUGCUAUGAUAUAUAUAUAUUUAUAUAUAUAUAUAUAUAGAUAUAUAUAUUUUUUUUCAAAGUUUAUAUAAUUUUAGCAUUGGAAAUUUGGAAUAUGUAAUAUGUAGGUCAAGGCUAAAACAUUAUUUUUGUUUUUUGGAGCCCUAAUAUGUACAAAGUUAUACUUU